AUGGAUGUCUCCGACGAGACCGUGGAGAGAAUCCAGAAAUUCGCAGAAAACCGUCACGAAGCAGAACGUGAGGGGGCAAAAGAGCCUCUCAGUGGGACAGCCUUGCAUGUCUAUACGCGCCGGCUAGAUGCAACAUUGCAAGGAUUCCAGGAGCAAAUUAAACGCCAACAGGAGGAAUUAAACAAGCUACGAGAGCUGCACUCUAACGAUCUCUCGGGAACAAGCAAUGAUCCCUGGGCUCGCAUUUCUCAAGCCCGACGGGCCAAGAAAGCAUACGACUCACUCAUGAAGUCCGAUGACGAGCUUCCGUCAACAAACUCCGUCCUGCCUUCGCUCUUAGCUCUUCAAGAAACUUCAAAUCUAGUCCAAGAAACCAAGGUGUCAGUGAAAUUGACCGCUGAGCAGCUCUCUGUGGACCGAGAGCGCCUUCGAGUCGAAGAAGCUAAUCUCCACGACUCCCAAUCAAUCGCAAGCGGGCUUCGAGAGCGGAUUCAGCGAAUCCGCGAUGAAAGCUCGAGAAAGGAAGAACAGACUCCAGAACAGAUAGCGCGUGAACAUGUCGCGCAGCAAAAGAAGCAGAAUAAAGAGCUGGAUCGCACCUCUGCAAAACUCAAGGUGUCGCUGGACAAGUUUAUAGAUGAUACUCUUGCGCCCAUGCUCGCUGCUGAGGACCUGGGCGGCCCGACUGUUGGCGAUGAAUUCGAGGUGUCUGAUGCUACACUUAAAGCCGGUUAUACUGCACAUGGCAAGCCUAAGAAGCAAAAGGAGCCUGUUGAAGAGGAAGGUGGAUCGCAGCAACGCAUCGAUCAAUUCCUGCAACGCAAUGCGGAUGAAGCCCCUGCAAAUAAAAGGGAGGCUGCGGCGAAAGAGAUGCAUGCCCUGCUUGAUGCCAUGUUGGAGGGUGGAUCUUCUUACAUCGACCUUGAGCGUGAUUCAGCUUCAUCGAGGUUCCUAGUGAGAGCCAAGGUCGCUCAGUUCCACCCUCGCGAUGCACGACGACUCCGUUUGAUUGAUUUCGGUCGCUCGCUUGGAAAUUGA